AAUUACUAGCAACAAAAUGUUUUUGAUAUUAUUCACGUUACUCUUUGUUCUACCUGUGAUGAUAAUGGCAUUUUUAUUCAUCUCUGCAUUUGUUGUAAUUCCCUUUGCGUUUAUUUUCGCAUCAUGGUAUAUGAGAAUUAAGGAACGAAAAAAGCAAAGGCGAGAAAAAGAGGGGUUAAAUGUGGCUUUCUUCCACCCUUACUGCAAUGCAGGUGGGGGCGGGGAGAGGGUACUCUGGGUGGCAAUCAAAGCUGUAUUGACAAGAUUUCCAAGUUCAACUAUCUAUAUCUACACUGUGGAGACAGCAGAUUCAAAAACAAUACUGGACAAAGCACAAAACCAGUUCAAUGUGAAAGUGGAGCCGGAGAAACUGCAUUUUGUACGACUCAGUGCGCAGAAGUUGAUUGAAGCUAAAACAUAUUCAUAUUUCACACUAUUAAUGCAAAGCUUGGGCUCUAUGGUGUUAGGUAUGGAAGCGCUAUUGAAGUUGAAUCCAGAUAUCUUCAUAGACACCACUGGCUUUGCAUUCACAUACCCCAUUUUCCGGUACCUAGCGCAAUGCCCAGUGAUAUGCUACGUCCAUUAUCCCACAAUUACAGCAGCAAUGAUGCGUAGAGUCAAACAUCGUAUUGUUACGUACAAUAACUCAAGUUUAAUAGCAAGAAAUCCACUGUUCACUUGGCUGAAGUUAAUUUAUUACAAGAUUUUCGGUUGGUUGUAUGGAGUAGUUGGGCGAUGUGCGGAUGUGGUGAUGGUGAAUGGUACCUGGACUGAAGAGCAUAUCAAUGAUGUGUGGGGUGUACCAUACGCUACUCAUAAAGUUUAUCCUCCUUGUGAUGUAUCGGAGCUUAAGAAGUUGCGAUCUCUGGUCAAAGAGUCAGAUCCUAUCAGGAUUCUGUCGGUGGCACAGUUCAGGCCGGAGAAGGAUCACCCUCUGAUGCUGCAAGCUAUGUAUGAACUGAGGAACUUACUCGUCAAGAAUGAAAUGUUGUGGAACAAGAUCAAACUGGUGCUGGUGGGGUCCUGUCGUAACCGUGAGGACGAGGAGCUGGUGCAGAACCUGAAGGACCUGGCGCGGCACCUGUCGCUGGAGGAGAGCGUGCAGUUCGUGGUGAACGCGCCGUAUGCUCGCCUGCUGCAGCUCUACCAGACCUCCACUGCAGCUAUACACGCCAUGUGGAACGAACACUUCGGCAUCAGUGUUGUGGAGUGUAUGGCGGCAGGUCUGGUGACUAUAGCACACCGAUCAGGCGGACCACUGCUGGACAUCAUCCAGAGCUCCCCGGUGAGGACAGGCUUCCUGGCCGCUGAGCCUGAGGAGUACGCUCGCGCUAUACUGGAGGUGGUCGCUCUGACCACUGAAAACAGGAGGAAGAUGAUUGAAGCUGCUCGAGAUUCUGUGGAUCGUUUUUCAAGCGUAGAGUUUGAGAAAGCCUUCAUUCGCGUCACUGAACCACUGUUUGUAAUGACUUGAACAUUCGCUUGUUGCUUUGUUGUAAUUCCAUUAGAUUAUAAGUGUAAUUAUAAAAUAAA